AUGUCAAGUCAACAACAGCUCCGGGUCUUAGUGGACCAGCUGCAGAGGGAAGCCAACAUAGAACGCAUGAACACUUCUGAAGCCAUUAACCAGCUGAAGAGGUACAUCACGGAACAUGAGGCAGAGGACUAUCUGCUGGUCGGCUUCAGCUCUCAGAAGGCGAACCCCUUCCGCGAGAAGAGCUCCUGCACCGUCCUUUAAUGUGAGUAUGUCCGCGAGCACCAAAAGGACGACUACCUAUGCCACCCCAUGAGGAACCCUCGAGCCAACCCAUUCCGAGAGAAGAGCCUCUGCCACAUCCUCUAGACCUUUUUAAGCAAGCGUUUUUAAGCUUCGUCAUGUUGUUUAACGAUGUUAGAACAAAAUGCAGCUGAUCUGUGUUUUAGAUUUGAGUCGAGCAGCGAAUUUGUACACUUAAUGCCAACAGGUAGAUUUUGUAAGUUGAUAAGGUGACUUGACAUGGUAUCCCAUGUUAGUGGAAUUGCAAUAUUAUUCCCAUUUUUAUUUAGUUAUCUGACUCUAUGAUAUUUAGAUUCUUGGACUUAGUAUAGAUCUGAUAGAAGAGUAUAAAGGAAAUAUAUAUUCACUGUACAACAGUAUUUUUGCUUUUAUUUCAUAUUAUUUAGUUUGAUUGUUUUAUGUGUUCUUGUACAUAAACAUGAACUGUAUCUUCAAAAAAGGCUGCAGUCUGUUUGUGCUGAUAUUUUAUGGUUUUCAACAUUGUACCUCCAUUGAGGUGGAUCAGAGUAGCUUAAGCCUGCCAAAGAUCGUCAGUUUGGCAACAGAAUCGAAAGGAUAAGAGAUUAUUAGAACUAAGAUUGAUAUUAAAACCUCCAUUUUGAAAAUGCAAGUUUUGAGAAGUUCUUAUUUGGUUAAGAUAUUUUGUACUCCUAUCUCAGGCAGAAUUUUUUAUCAUUUAAAUUACAAUAAUAGUGAGUGCAUUUGUGAUAAAUGCAUGUGAGGGAGUCUGUGUGAAAUGCACUUUGGAGUGAAUGAAUAUGAGUCUGUGUGAGUGUACAUGUACGUGCUUGAAUUUGUUUGUUUGCAUAGAUGUAGGCAGGCUUGCACAAAUGGGUGUGUUUUUGUGUAAAUAUACAUAGAUAUGUAUGUAUAUAUGUAUAUGUAACAUUUUACAAUGUGUUUGAGUGUAUCAGCAUUUGUAUAUGAGGGUUUGUGUGUGUGCAUACUGUAUGUAGGUGCAUAAAGGUCCACAUUUAAGUACACUGACGUAAGCAAUAGUGCACAUAUCAAUUUUUUAGUUAUUUAGAUAAUUUUUCUGAAAUAGGUUGACCUUCAGCUAUGUAGCAAGUGACACAUUUAUUUCAUUAGAGAUUUUAAUAAUGUAUAAUUAUGCCUUCAAAGAUCUGUUUCUAUACCAUGUCAAGCGCUGUUUCUAAUCCAUGCAGGAAGUUAGCUAUUUCUAAAGCAUUAGAAAUUUAUGAGCUAUUUAUUAGCUGUUAGCUAUUUCUAACACAUCAUAUGCAUUUCAUACUAAAGCACUUUAAGAUUGUUAAGCCGAUUAAUAAGAAUGGUCUUCAGGAUGUUAUUAGGAUUUUUACAACCCUUUUUUGGAUAGAUUUUGAAACCUUGUUAUGUUCAUUUUCAUUUUGAAUUGAUAUUUAUUCAUGAUUUGUUUUUUCUCUCUUUCUCUGACAAAGUAAUUCCCUGUGUACUCUUGAUGAAGGUGAUGAUUACUUGUUAUUUUAAGAUUGGAUAAUAGAAUGGAGAAAAAAAUUUUCUGUAAAAUUAGAGUAUAACAUCCUGAUUUGGGCUGACAUUUGUGUUUUUGAAAACAGGUGAAAAGACAUUGGUGUUAAUCUGAAUAAAAAGAUUUUAGGACAUAACUUGGUAUUGAAAAUAACAUAAACGGGACAUGAAAACAGUUGAAAAAGAAAAUAAAUAGAUAACUAUCAAUGUCCCAAGUCUUUCAUAAAAUCAUCUUCAACACUUUUACCUUCCUCAUAGAAUCUUAAAAAAAAAAAAAAACUUUGUACAUACAUACUUUAUGUUUGAAAAAGUCUAGUUCAUAUGCUAAGGACCAUAAACUGUUGUAUGGGAUGUGGUGGUCUGGAGAUGUUUUCUUCAUGAAUCCCAUGUCCCAUUCUGAGAAAUUUAUUCUGUGGGUAUAUUAAAGAGAGUUUAUAUGCGCCUUCAUCUUCCUCUCUUUACUUAGUUUAUGUCAAAGUUUUAGUCAUUGGUUCCCGGUUUUGUUGUGUGUUUUUUGGUAUCCCAGUUCGUUUCUAUUUUUCAUUGUGAUUAUCUUGUUUAGGACUUAUUUUAACUCCUCACGGACAGGUCUCGCAACGUCACGGUAGCAUCCACAUGCCUCGUAAUCAUCCAGUCCCCAGAUGUUAAUAAACGAUGAAAAUUGACACUUUUGUUCUUACUUAUUGAUUUUAGAUUAUUCUUACUCAUUAUGAAGUAUUUUUAUAAGAGAUAAUAUAACUUGUAUAAAUGUACAUUUUUCCCCCCAAAAAUAGGUUGUGGGUGUUACAUGUUCAGCUUAAACCCAUCUGUGAGGAAACUAAAAUCCAUAAAAGCUGUGUUGUUUCAAACAAGAUAAAGAAUGGGUGACAAAGAGUCUUCUGCUCUGGCUUUUUUUUCUCCAAAUUAAAUAAUAACUUCC